AUGGCCUUGUUAUAUUUUCUAAUGUUAAUGUUAGUUUCUUACUGUUGGCCACUUUACUUUUUCAAUCUUGUUACAGUACCUGUACCAACCAAUGUUACAAUUGAGUCCUAUAACUUGAGUCCUGUUCUGUAUUGGGAGUAUCCAGUCAUGGUGCCAACCCCUGUAUUCACUGUAGAGGUAAAGAACUAUCGGAGUGGGGUAUGGAUUGAUGCUUGUACAAAUAUUUCUCAUCAUCAGUGUAAUAUUUUUCAUAAAAUGGAUGACCCAUCAGAUCCUCUUUGGGCCAGAGUUAAAGCUAGACUUGGACACAAAGAAUCUGACUAUGUGGAGUCCAAAGAAUUUAUUAUAUGCCAACAAGGGAGAGUUGGACCACCUAAACUCAGUGUCAGAAAAAAGGAAAACCAAAUCAUCGUUGACAUAUUUUACCCAUUGAUUAUUAUAAAUGGAAAAGAGAUGGGAACCGUGUUUGAUUAUGAAGAUACUUGUUACGAUUUCCUGUACAGUAUGUACGUGAGAAUUAAUGGAAGUGAGACUACACAUAAGGUAGAGGAUUGCAAUGAGACUCAGUGUCGGUCCAGUAUUCCAGUGUCCUCCCUGAACGCCGAGUACUGUGUUUCAGCAGACGGCUUCACAGAUAGAUGGGAAGUUAAAACAGAAAAGUCAGAAGAAUAUUGUAUUACCAUUUCAGAUAACACCACAACAUAUUCUGUCUGGAUUCCAGUUGUUGCUGCUAUCCUUUUCUUUCUAAUACUUAUUUUUGUAGUCAUAUGUUGUCAUAUUAAGAAGAUAAAUCCUUGUAAGAGAAAAAACACCAUCUUACCCAAGUCCUUGCUCUCUGUUGUAAAACAUGCCACUUCAGAGACAAAACCUGAAUCAAAAUAUGUAUCACUUAUCACAUCAUACCAGCCUCUUGCCCUAGAACAUGAGAAGGAGAACAAUGAAGAGCAAAUGUCUCCAGCAGCGAUUCCAGGUGUGCAUACAGAAGGCAAUCCAGGAAAAAUGGAGCAUGCAGAAGCAGCUUCCAGUGGAAUAGAAGUGGUAACUGCUGAAGAAAGUAUUUCUGCCAUGGUCCCAAAGAGCCAUACAACUCCAAUAAAAAGAGAGAAUUCUCUCCAUUCGAAUAGCAACCAGUCUGAAUCCUGCAGUGUCACUUUAAACUUGUACCACUCCAGAAAAGGUUCUGAUAGUGGCCUUGUGGAUGGCUUCUUACCUGACUCAGAGUUCCCCCCAAAUAAUAAAGCUGAAAUAAAGACAGAAGGACAGGAUUCCAUAACACUGAGAAACACUGCCACCUCAUUUGGUUAUGAUAAACCACACGUGAUAGUAGAUCUGGUUGGGGAGGAUGGUGGUAGAGAGUCCUUGAUUGGCUAUAGACUUCCAACAGACUCCAAAGAGUUUUCAUAA